AUACUUUCCUAGCUAAGCUUAGGUAACUGUGACAUGCAGUUGUCGACGAUCAAACCUACAACUUCAAACCUCCGGGUCAAACAUCGCGAAUACCCUUAAAUGCUUAAACCAUUUCCCGAAUAAUCGUCUACCAAAGCUUGCGGAUAUUACGAAUGUUCGAUUGGUACUCUAACCAUGAAGUAGGAAGCAACUCUGAUAGCUGUUCGCCAUGGAACAGUCGUAUUCUACCUCCAAAGUCACAGUCGAGUAUUUCGACCCUCACGAUGUCUUUAAGCUUCUCGCCCCGGGAUUAGUACCCCGACUUCCCUUGCGCAACCUUCACUGGCAAUCGCAUGCUGGGCCACUUCGUUCUAUCGAUACCCUACAUAUCGAACUUCUCUCGGCCGGCGACAAGACCUCCGUUACUUCUCCAGUCGCUUCUCCACAUGCUUCCGGACACCAUUUAGAUACUGUUAUUAGCCGUGAGGAUGGCUUCCAGACCCAAAUUGGAGCUAAACUGUCAUCCGAAGGUCUCGAUCCGAAUGUGAACCGAAAUAGUACACCGGCGCGGCGGCACCAAAUCCCUGGGCUGAGGAGGACUCCAUAUUUGAAGGUGCUACUCGUUCGAUGUGACGAUAAUGAUUCGUAUAAGGGACAUGUAAGGCAGGACAUACGCGAUUGGAUCAAAACACAUACACCCCCGUCCGGCUCUAAGAGGAAUACCGCCGAAAACCACGAUGCCUUCGAAUGGCUUAUUAUCCACGUUGUUAUACCAAAUACGGUCGCCGCCACCCAACCUCGAGAUUCAGGUUCUGCCCCAGAGAAGACAUCGGCUGUCUCUAAGUGGAGACCGGGGUCAAGCACUCUUUUCGAGAAAUUAAGGUCUGACUUUAAUACAUCCAGCAAAGGAGGGGUGGAUCGAAUCGCCCAGAUUCGUAUCGGCGUUAACGAUGUCCCGUACGACAUUCUGCCUCGAGUAGUGCCGGCUGUGCCCAGCGGCUAUUCCGAGACGGAACAGGAGACCGAAAAUUCAUGGACGGACCUUGUUUCCAAAUUUCGAAGUCUUAUUCUAUCCAGUUUUGAUCUGCGCGUGAGCCAGUACGAGGAAGAUAUCAGGGAGAAGGACUCGCAGAGAACUUUGCCCGGGUGGAAUUUUUGCACUUUCUUCAUCCUUAAAGAGGGCCUUGCCCGUGGCUUUGAGAGCGUAGGUCUGGUAGAGGAUGCGUUAGUCGGAUACGAUGAGCUGAGCGUAGGGCUGGAUAUGAUCGUCCAAGACCAAGCUUCAACAGGAUCGAGAUCUGCCACGAAUGCACUAUUAAGCUAUACCGAGGAGUUAAAAGAGAUUGCUCUCAAGGCUAAAGCCGCUAUUACUGGUUCCGAGUAUGAAGAUGACGAGGAAACGGUUGAUCUACAGUCCCAGACUGAUGACGCCCAGUCUAAGGAUAUAUAUGAUGAUAUUCCCAUCAGCUCUACUAAGAAGUCUUAUCGCGAUUUGAUUGUUGCGAAUAAUGUAUCUGUUUUUGACUUUAGGUGCUAUAUCUUCGCUAGGCAAAUAUCCCUCUUGCUUCGCCUCGGAAAUGCGUGGUCAACACGGGAAGAGUUGCUCGCAAAGCUCAAGGAGCAGCAGGAGUCGGUUUUACAUGGCGUUGCCCCCCGCGCGCCACCCCCAAAACAAAAGGAAAAUGAGCACGAGGAUUUAACGAUGCUCGCUGAGAUCUGCCGACGGACAUUAGAAUUCAUCCCCACGGUUUCCCAGGUUAUGAGAAACGAUGUCUUUGCUGCUCUUUCGGAUAUGGCGAAAGCGGAUGGGGAUGAUGCUCUAAAAGCAUCACAAGCAGACCCCAUGAUCGAGGAAGUGGUUGAGAAUUUGGUGGCUUCGUUUGCCUUCUCUAUCGCGCAGCAGAUUCUAGCACAGACUUCGACUAAAGCUUUGCCGAUACCUCCAUCUACCUUAACGCCGCAAGAUGCUCAAGAACCAAAAGCCGCUAUACCUGAACCUAAGACGAUGAUGCAUCCAGCGAGGAGUUCGUCGCUGAUUAUACAGACAGGGCGUGGUGCCAACGUCGGGCGUCCACUCCCUAGUCCAAAUGUCUUUCCCGGACGCCAGCCGAGUGCCUCGGACGAUCAAGCCCAAUCCUCGUUCCUAAAAGCUGGACUAGAAGAGCUCGCUGCUAAGAGAGCUGAGCUCUAUAUGUUGUCGAGGAAUAUCCUUGCGGAAUGCGGAAAGAAGCGUGGAUGGGCUGAUGGCUGGGCCACCGUACCUGUCAUAGGGGAGUCGACUAUGGUUGAAAUGGUUGAUAUCGAUCUUGACGGUGAUGAUGAUGACGAUGAGAAAUCUGAGACAGAAGUUCAAGAGACCCCCGCAACUCGUGAAGCUGUCUCUAUCUCUGGUGUUGAUAGCAAGCUUCUCAAGACGGCUCUCGAUAACAGGGAGGAUUUCUAUCGUCUUUACGAGACGCUCACCGACAAGGCCUUGCGACAUUAUACUGUGGCGGAUCACACCCAUUCGGUAAAGACCAGCAUGGCAGAUAUUGCCGUGUUGAAAUAUCACCUUGGCGACUACGCUGCAGCUUCUUCCUACUUUUGGGAAACCAUUCCUUUCUUUGGAGAAAGCGGUUGGAGCCUCCUAGAGUUAUCCAUGUUAGUCAUGUGCUCGAGGUGUCUAAAGCAACUUCAGCGAAAAGACGAGUAUGUCAAAGUCGUAUUGAAGCUGCUUACUAAAGCUGCCGCGGCUGAGAGAGACCGUCAGCAACAGAAGUCGGCGUUCCGGUUAGGAAAGCAGGAAGACGUUGAUUAUCCCGACAGCGAAGCUAUUAAAGGGUUCCUGGAUGAUCUGCUCGCAGCGACAAAGACUCUCCCAAAUGAGUUACGAAUACCCCUUUCCAGCUUCAUCUCCAUUGUAGAAGUUGACGGUCCCCCCGAAUACCAUCAAGGCCGAGAUGGCAUUUCACUCAAUCUCAAGGUGAAUAGCUUACUCGUGGAUAACCUCCGAAUCGAUAAUGUGAAAGUACGGGUCGUUGGGAUAGUGAACAAAUCGUCAAAAGAUAUAUGGUUUGAGCUGACUGAACCAACAACAAUUAAGCCGGGCAAAAACAAGCUCAAAUUAAAUAGUAACUCGGCAAUACCAGGCUCUUAUGAGAUCGAUAAGGUCGAUUUCAAGGCCAGCAACUUGCACUUGCACCAUGAGCGCGAAGCCGGUCAACCUGUAGACAAGGCUAGCGAUACCCUUCAAUCUCCAUAUCUUGCUAUCUAUCACCGAUCCGAGACUCUAGAUGUAAAACUGCGUGCAUCGAAGCAUAUUCAACUAGAUCGGAACAAUACAGUGGAUGUUGAUUUAGAUCCUGGCUGGAAUAACAUGCUGAACGCUGAGAUUCGGGUCAAGGCUGCUACGGGCGGCCUAAGACUACUCACCAGCGAAGCGAAGUGUAUCAGCUCUUCUAUAAAUUUCUCGAAAAAGCCGGAGGGCGGUCUAUUUUGUUUCGGAGCCAUACCGCAGAACAGUACCGUUCGAAUCCGAUUCCCAUAUACGGUGGAGCAGGAGACUUUUAGCAUAUCGAUACGUAUCGAGGUAUCUUACACGACCGAGGAUGGCUCGUUUUUCUUCUCCAAAACUCCUGUCGUCGAAACCGCUUUGGCUCUCGGGGUCAACGUCCAAGAUGUUUUCAAGCACAAAGCUCUUUUCUCCCGCUUUACCGUAUCUACAGCGAGCCAAAGCCCCUUACGUUUAUUCAAGAGCGAGCUUGUAAGCUCGGAAGUUUUUGAUUCGGAGUUUGGAGCGCCCCCUAGCGCUCCCGUCGUAAUCUUCCCGAAACAACCAGCUAGUCUACUAUACAAGAUCAUGCGUAAAAUGGGCGUGAAGAUCGGUCCGAAGACAAAGAAGACGAUGUAUCUUAGACUACACUAUAGCGUGCUACAGGAUGAGAUCGAAUCUCUAGUCGAGGAUUCCCUCACCGAGUCCCUGGAGGAUAAACCACUGCGUCCCUUCUCCCGGCUUAUAUGCUCGAUAGUCAUCCCGCAUGUUCGGCACGGGCUCACGGGACAAGACCUAGAGCGCGCGGUUCUCCUUGGAUCUGUACCCACGGCAUUCCUUUCCUCCAUCAACUGGGCUAAGUACUUCGUUGGACUAGGCAAGGCACCCGAUGGCACCGAUUACUCCAAAGCUCUCGUGUCUUUCCUCCGGACCUGGCAGGCUGAGCAUCCCAAACUGGCGCUCGAAAUAUACUCGGUCCCAGCGGAACCCAGAUCAAUCCUGAUCCCCGUAGAUAUACCCUCCUUGACUAUCGUCCACACGGCCGAUGUCCGGCUCCAACCACCCCCGCAGCAGACACCUUCGGCACUUUCUUCCCUUCCCGAUUCUCCUACGCCAACGGUCUGCACGAAUCAACUGCUACCCGCGAUCCUGCAUCUGAAAUGGACGCGCAUGUGGGACACCACCACGCCACCUGCCGAGCAGACAGACCUGGAAUUCAGCUACGAGCUCGCCGCGCCGCAGGAUACGUGGCUCCUCGGCGGAAGGCGGAAGGGACACUUCGUUAUCCCCGCCCCGUCUUCACCGUCACUCUCCGGAGCCGUAACCGGGGCCGGGGGAGCGAACGUAAAAGUAGACUACGAAAGCACCCCCGACACCGAAGCCGAGAUCCCUAUCCUCCUCGUCCCGCUUCGCGAGGGCUGGCUGCCGUACCCGACCGUCGAGAUCAGGGAAGUCAGACCCUACGAAGACGCCGUCGGCUCGCCCGUUGGCGGGGGAGCGGGGGCCGGGACCGGGCCGGGCGUACAUUUCGAGACCGACGUGAGGAAUUUGGGAGAGACGGUCAGGGUCAUCGCGGAUAGGGCCCGCGUCACCCUGAGCCUGGACGCGAGCGGGCCCGGCGGAGGGCCUUUGGUUUUGGAUGUUGAGCGCUUGGGUGGGGGCGCGGGGAGGGGGAGGGUUGUUGCUUGAUUUAGCUGCUGUGGCUGUGACUGAGGUGAGAAGUAGGUUAUGGGGGGAAGUUUGAGUUGUUUUAGGGAGUUUAUGAAUGAGCGGAUGGAUGGACUGCCUGAUUUUAUGAAUAGGUAGAUAGGUAUGGAGGUGGGGAGGUGGGGAGGUAGAUAUGUAAAUGGAUGUUGUAGAUUCGCUAACUUAGCUUGCCUGCCUACCUACCUGCAACACAUCCGAUAUACGUAUUUUGAUCUAACAUAUUACCUACGCCGAAUAUGAGUUCUAGGC